CAUUUAAAUUUUGUUGGACGGAGUGAGUAAAUAAAUUCAAAUGUCGUCCUCUUCCUCCUCUCCUCUCCUCUGCGGCGGCGACCCCGGCUGCGGCUUCCCCUCCUCCUCCUCCUCCUCGGCGGGAGCUCUUCUCCUCGCAGAUGGACAGCCAUAAUUCACCACCGCCCCAUAUUCCUGAAGUAACAAUGGACAUCUCAUCUGCUUCUGGAGCAGCAGGGAACAGAAUGUGCAGAGGUGGAGCCUGCGACUUUUCUGACUCUAGUAACACCUCGAAAGAUGCAAAGGACAGAUCUACCUCCAUCAGGAAGCUCCUAAUUGCUGUGAUCCUUUGCGUUAUAUUCAUGGCUGUUGAAGUGGUUGGAGGCAUCAAAGCAAACAGUCUUUCAAUCUUGACUGAUGCAGCCCAUCUCCUCUCUGAUGUUGCAGCCUUUGCCAUAUCUUUGUUCUCUCUAUGGGCAGCUGGUUGGGAAGCGACGCCCCAGCAGUCAUAUGGGUUUUUCCGUAUAGAAAUUCUUGGCGCAAUGGUUUCCAUUCAGCUUAUAUGGCUCCUUGCCGGCAUACUUGUCUAUGAAGCUAUUAUGAGGCUCCUUAAUGAAAGUGGCGAGGUACAGGGCUCCCUCAUGUUUGCUGUAUCAGCUUUUGGCUUGUUUGUUAACAUCAUAAUGGCAGUCUUGCUUGGUCACGACCAUGGGCAUGGCGGACACGGGCACAGCCAUGGUCAUAGCCAUGGACAUGAUAACUCUGAGGUUGACCACCUUUCCCAUCAUGGAGAUCAUGAGGAGGGCCAUGUACACCACCAUGAGCACAGCCAUGGUACUUCUAUAACCGUUACAACCCGGCAGCACUCUCAUUCCAGCACUGGACAACAUCAGGAUGCCGAGGAACCAUUGCUUAAGCAUGACGGUGAUUGUGAGAGCGCACAUCCUGGUGCCAAGAAGCCUCGUCGCAAUAUCAAUGUACACAGUGCCUAUCUGCAUGUAAUUGGGGACUCCAUCCAGAGCGUCGGCGUAAUGAUUGGAGGGGCUCUCAUCUGGUACAAGCCCGAAUGGAAGAUCAUUGAUCUCAUAUGCACACUCAUCUUCUCCGUGAUCGUACUGUUUACCACAAUCAGGAUGAUCCGGAACAUACUUGAAGUCCUGAUGGAGAGCACUCCUCGCGAGAUCGACGCCACGAGGCUCGAGAAUGGUCUACGAGGAAUGGAAGGCGUGAUCGCCGUCCAUGAGCUGCACAUCUGGGCUAUCACAGUGGGGAAGGUGCUCUUGGCGUGCCAUGUGACGAUCACGCAGGAAGCGAAUGCCGAUCAAAUGCUUGACAAGGUCAUUGGGUACAUCAAGGCAGAGUACAACAUCAGUCAUGUGACCAUUCAGAUCGAGCGCGAGUGAAGCAUGUCAGGCAGUUGGGCAUAAAAGCACGCUUGUAAACAGUUUAUCUUAUGUACUUAUGUGGAUUUAUUGUUUUUGAGCCUCCUUGUGAGUUCAUCAAGCUGCAUGUGUAGUUCAGCAGCACCCUUUUCUUAUCACUUAUGUAAGAUCUGCUAUGGCAUGGAUGCUGUCAAGUUCCUGUUUAGCAAAUACUCUCUUUUUUUUUUGCGGGUGAAAAA